AUGUUAGGAAAGCACGUCUAUUCUCAAGUAGCCACUUACAAUAGGAAAACUUCGCGAAUUUUGGACGUACAUCGUAACAUGGACUUCCUCCUUCGUGGUCAAGCUGCGCUCCGGAUAUUAUCGGACGACUUAUCGGUAGCAGUAACCGAAGCUCGAGGAGAGCUGAAGCGUUCUGAAGCACGGCUUGACGAGGAAGAACGGUUUGCUGGCGAACUAAGAAAGCUGGAGGUUGACAUUGAGAUGAGAGAGUCUGCCCUCGUUGAUCGUCGGGAUGAGGUUGCUUCGUUGCGAAGCGUGGAGGAAUCAGUGCAGGAGAAGUUACGAAAGUGUAAAGGAGAGCAUGAGAAGGAAAAGAAAAGUCUGCAAGAGCAGCUGAUGUCUCGUCGAGCAACGAAGAGAAAGCUCAACGCUGCUAUGAGUGCGGCCAAGUCGAAUCUCGCUACAGUGCGUCGCCGAGUUAGGAGCUGCCAGCACUCACUGGAAGUCGCUCAUUCCGAUUUAGAUGUCUAUGAGAAAGUGCUUGAUGAGGUUCCCGACAUUAUGACCGACCUUACAAAUGGCGAACGAGAAACAUGGCAGAAGCGAGAGGAUUUGGAACGCCAAUUGGUGGUGACACUGGACAGACUGAGCGGAACCAAUCACCAAAUGGGGUCUGUGAGAAGUACCAGAGCUCAUGGAAUCGACGGUCGUAAGGAUUGCUUACGGCGAGAAAAGAAUGUAGGGGAAUGCGCCAGCACACUUCAUCCUGGAGCUCAGGAGCUGGACCAACUCGCGCAGCACCUUGACGUGAUGCAAGAGUAUAUUGGCGACUUUCGACAGCGCAGACAGAGUGGGAGUUCUGUGGCAGGGAAGGAGACAGCGGUGCCCGAUGAGAGUUUGGAUGAACUUGCUCAGAUGGAGCGCGGCUUUUUCGCGAACGCAGCGCAACUGCAGGCUAACGAAAGGGAGUUGGAGGCGCUAGCGAGAAAAACUGAUAAGUUGAAAGAGGAGCUUAUUGCUAGGCAUAAGAGGAAGGUCGGGCACUAUUGCGGUCUGUGA